AGAAGCUGAACGACCAAAUACAUAGCUGUCUCUUUAUAAUUCAGCUCUCUCAACGUCUGAACGCUAUUUUCAAGAAUGCCACCAAAGGGAAAGGGUGGUAAGGAGGGAGGGAAAGGUACCAAGGAUGGGGCAAAGGGUGGCAAGUGCGGUAAAGGAGCUGCUGCAGGGGGAGGAGAUAAAGAAAAAAAGGAAGAGAAGACAAUUAAGGGAGGCACUUCUGUAAAGGUCAGACAUAUCCUAUGUGAAAAACAUAGUAAAUGCAUGGAGGCGAUGGAGAAAUUGAAGGCUGGGGUUCGCUUUAGUGAAGUGGCAUCACAGUACAGUGAAGACAAAGCCAGACAAGGGGGUGAUCUGGGUUGGAUGACGAGAGGCUCUAUGACCGGACCCUUCCAGGAUGCUGCUUUUGCCUUACCCAACAGCACCAUGGACAAACCCAUUUAUACAGACCCCCCUGUCAAAACCAAGUUUGGAUAUCACAUUAUCAUGGUGGAGGGAAAGAAAUGACUCCUGGGAAAGAUCUUUUUGAUUUCACAUAGAGAGCCAUUGGGACACUGUUUUUGCUCGGAGGAACUAUCGAUAAUUUUAUUUCAAAUGCAACAAAAGCUAACAGUGAAAAUGUAUGUAAAGAGAUUGACUGUCUAAAGAAACAUAUGUAAUCUUGUCUGCCCUUCAAAGGUGUACAUACGACAAUUAAACAAAUUGAUUAUUGCCCAACUC